UAACAUGCUGCACUUUGAAAAAUUUGCAGUGUUGUUUUCAUUUCUUUUGAAUGAAUUACUCCGAUUUGAAAAGCUAGUUCUGGGCGAAAACUACACACAGACAUGGAUGAAGAGCUAGUCCCAUCCCUGGCAUCCGGUCGCAGCGGCGAUCAGGUGAGGCGGCCCAUGAAUGCCUUCCUCAUCUUCUGCAAGCGACACCGCAGCAUGGUGAGGGAGAAACACCCACAAAUGGACAAUCGUAACAUCACCAGGAUCCUUGGCGAGUGGUGGGCGAAUCUUUGCCAAGAGGAGAAGUCAAAGUAUGUGGACCUGGCGAAGCAGUACAAAGAGGCGUUUAUGAAGGCUAACCCGGACUUCAAGUGGCACACAGAAAGAUCUGCCCCGGCCAGUAAGCCUAACACACGGCCUACCAACAUGCGCAAGGGAAGCUGGGAUAAGGAUGCCUCAAAGAAGUUCAUGGAGAUGAAUAACAUGGGAGGACUGUCGAUGUUACUGAUGGCCAGCCAGCAUACACAGAUACCAAGCAGCUAUGCAGAAAUCAAGCGCGCUCUCGACAUGAACUCCCAGCCCAACAAUGCAGCGCUAUUGGAAUUAGCCCAGAUGUGUUCGAAUGAAUUGAAGUCAGAGGAAGAGGAAGAAGAAGAAGAAGAAAUCAAAGAUGAACAAGUCAAAACAGAACCGCGGCCAGAAAUCGGCACAACUGCCAAGGAAAAUUGUGCAAUUUUGCGUAAGACGUUACAAUCCGUGAAAGAGUCCUGUCCAGUGACGGACGAGGCUCUCGCGACAUGUGGCCGCCAAGUUGUGGAUCACGUCAUCGAUAAGUUGUAUUCGUUGGAGAAAAUCCAGGCGGCGUCGCAGAUGAAGCAAGAACGUAAAGACCAGGAUGUGAAAGUUCCCACGUGGCAGUUGGGGGGAAAGUCGCCAAAGUCAAAAGGUGUUGCGUUUGAUUGUCUUGAUUCGGUCAUCAGGAAAGCUGUUGGUGGUUCGGCGACGAAAUCAUUCAAGGUCGAGAAGAAGGAUCCUGAAGUCUUUGGGCCCCGUUCUGCCCCACCUGUAAGUAAGGGAUUCGCACAAAGCACUGGUCAGACGGCUCCCCUGAAGAAAGAAUCUGGCGCAGUCGUUGACUUGGUGUCGGCGUUGAAGCGAAAACCUUCGACGGAGACGAGUAAUAGUGUUAUGGGUGAUGUUCAAGUGUCUAGUGUGGCCAGUCUCCCUGCAUCGUCAAGUUCAUCCGCACCAGGGCCAAUUGUUGCAGCGACUAGCCCAAAAGACGUCCCAGACGGCAGACUCCCAGAGGAUGAUGUUUUCGGUUCGGGGGAGGCAGGUAGUCGGGAGGCGAGCUGCAGCCAGGAGUCGAAUAGCCAACAAGGUCACGAAGAUGAAACGGAUGUGGCUGCGUUCGAGGACACGGAGGGAUUGCGUAAGUCCAAGCGGACGAACCGAGGCCGGAGGUACCUGGAGUUGAUAACGGAGGGAUACAUCCAGCCUCCGAAGGGGGAGAAAUCGGCAAUGAAAAAGAUGGUGCAGCAGCAGCCUAGCGUCAGUGAUGACCAAGAUGACCUGAUGGAGCCCCUCUCCCAAUCCUAUAAUCCUCCUUCCACUGCUCACACACCCAAGAAACGGCAUGCGUCCGAACCGGCACACGUCUGCCUCUCGCCAAAGAAGUAUAAAACCGGUGACUUUGACCUCGAGGCCCACAUUGCUGAGCUUCCUCCAUGCAACAUGGAGAAUCUCGCGAGGAAGAAGGCCAAGGCUCAUAAGAAGAUUCGUUGUCUCAGUGAGACCAUGCGCAAGACACCUCAUUUCUGUCAGAGUGAGGAUGAUCUCUCCCCGACCAAGGAGAGGGCACCACCAGUCGGAAGUCAGAAGCGGAAGGCCCGCAAGGCGGCCAUAACGCAUCUAGUGCCGCAGAGUCCUACCAGCAAAAUCAAAGUUCCAGCCCAGUGGCUGAAACCUACCGAAGAAGAAUGCCACACGGGUAUCCCGUCGUUACACCAGGAGGCUUCAGUGCGACGUACUCAGUGCAUCUCGAUCGACCUCGACCCAGGGGGCAGCGGAGACUAUGCAGACACUGACACAGGCAGCAUGGACAGCAGUACUUUCGCUGGGAGUGAGGUUGAGGGAGGUGGUGAUGCGGUACCGGAAGUUCCUGGGGACGCGGGAUGUAGCAAUAUGCAUGGUGGGAGCGAAUGGUGUGCCGAAUCAGGUGAUAAGCCUGAUAGGAGUGAUUUGUGUGCCGGAACGCGUCAGAAGCAUCGACAGAGCGAAUUGGGGGUGAAAACGAGUGAUAUUGAGCGAAGCACUGACUGUGAGGAAAGAAAAUCAGAAAAGGGGUACGGGAAUUUGUAUCCGAUGGAGAAAGACUUCGGACAGACAGGGUCACGUGCAGUUGUUGCCGGUGAUUCUAAGGGGAGGUUGCAUGUCAAAAGAUCUGCUGAGGAAUGUCUAGAUCUCGGCGAGGUAGGAUACGGUUCCGGUAAGCAUCACAUCAGGAAAGACUGUCAGUUGCAGUCGUCUGCCAAGGAACCGGUUUCAUUCGUGCAAAAUUCCGGUUCCGAUCUGAUAGACUUGUCGUCUGGCUUAUCGGCGGGAAAAUCCUCGUUGUCGAAUAACCGUGCCAUGAGUGUCGUAGCGGAUUCCAAGGAUCGCAAUCCGGUGAAAAUCAGUCUAGACGCAAUGCGGAGUUUGCAUGUACAGUCGUCGAAAUCGAAUCUCGUGCCUGGGUCUGAAUUCAAGAUGGACGCCGGGGCUGCGUCGCGUUGUGAUGGAGACCUCGUGGCGAGGAACGUCGCUGUUGCGAUAUGUACCUCAAGCAACUGAUGGUAUCGAAAAAUGAAAAUCUGCUUUUAAGGAUGAGAUGUCUCAAUUUUCGCAGCUCUGGAGGAAUAAUAUGCAUUCUCACGCUUCUUAUGUAAACUGGGCAUUAAUCGUGCUACGAGAGGACGUAUUUAGGAGUCAAAAGUGCUAGAUGUUAAGGAUGAACAGAUGUAGUUUAAAGGUUACCAGUCUGAGUGUCCUCUUUCCAAACAUCCCCCAUUUACUGGAGUCUAGACAUCCAGGCUUUUUGAUUCUGUCCAACUCCAGAUCACGAUUUCAAAUAAUUUUAUUUUGCCAUCAUGUAUCUACAGUGGAACCUCCCUUAGCGGACACCUCUCUACUAAGGACAAUGGGUGAUAUGAAUAAAGAGUAGUAAAUGCUUUUAUCUAAAACUCCAUGUACAUUUACACUUGGCCCUUCUGUACAAAAUUGAAGUAAAAGCUUUUGCUAGCCUUUAUUCAUAUCACCCAAUCUCUCUAUUAAGGACACUAGUUAACUCUUGCUAACCGAGGGGCAUUUUGACUUGAGGACAUUUAGACUGGACUCAACUGGAUUUUAAAUGCAGUCACCUGGUUGAAAGUGCUAUUCUACAUCCAUUUGUUGUUAAAUAUCUUUACAUGAUCGUGUAUAACUGAUCUGAGAGAUCAUCCAGUGUAACUGAUACCCUUUAAGGUUUUAAACUACAGUAGAACCUCUCUACUAAGGACACCCUCGGGACUGACAAGUGUUGUCCUUAAUAGAGAGGUGUCCUGAUUAGAGAGGUCAAAUUGAAUGGAAAGAACCAAUUUGGGACUACAACUGGUGUCCUUAAUAGAGAGGUGUCCUGAUUAGAGAGGUCAAAUUGAAUGGAAAGAACCAAUUUGGGACUACAACUAGCGUCCUUAAUAGAGAGGUGUUCUGAUUAGAGAGGUCAAAUUGAAUGGAAAGAACCAAUUUGGGACUACAACUAGUGUCCUUAAUAGAGAGGUGUCCUGAUUAGAGAGGUCAAAUUGAAUGGAAAGAACCAAUUUGGGACUACAACUAGCGUCCUUAAUAGAGAGGUUGUCCUUAAUAGAGAGGUGUCCGCUAAGGGAGGUUCUACUGUAGUUUGAAAACAAUUGACACCAUUCGACCACCCGGAGGUAUGGAUGUGUAUUGCAAAGCAUUUGUGUUUAUAGGGUACAGGACAGGGCAUGGUCCGUUUCCAAUUAAAACUUGGAGGAAAAUCUCAUUUUAAAUGCAAACAACCUAAUUUUUUUAGAAUUGUUAAAAGCCAUAUUGGAAGAGUAUAUAUAUGAAUGUUCUGGUUUAUGUUGAUGGCAUGCUUUUCAAAAGUUAAAAGUUGGUCAGAAAUUGAUGGGUUUUUGAUCCUACUUAAGCAUUUUGUAGAAGUUGAAAUGGCCAAAUUAUCUCCUAAACACCUUAAAUGACACAAGACGUCAAGUAAGCCUUACACUAUUAUACAAAAAAACUUUUUUGGUUUGAAAAUGAGAGACCAAUGAUUGGCGGGAAUGCAAUGAAAUAAUGGUAAAAUAAGCCCAAAUUAAGGAAAGCGGGGGGUGGGGGG